AACAAAUUCCAGUUUGAAGAGCUCUUUCUGUGCAGCUUCUGACAUACAAUCAUGGUUAAGGCAAAGACAUGGAUCCUUAAAAAACACUUUGAGGGCUUUCCUAAGGAAAGUAACUUUGAACUGAGAGAAGAAGCUCUGCCAGAGCUUCAAGAUGGAGACGUGCUUGUGGAGGCAGUCUAUUUAAGUGUUGAUCCAUAUAUGAGAUCUCUGAGUAAAAUGUGGAUAAAAGAGGGGGAUGUACAAUAUGGGACUCAACUGGCAAAGGUAGUGAAGAGCAAGGACCCAGCAUUUCCUGAGGGAUGCUACGUGGUUGCUAAUUGUGGGUGGAGGACACACACUGUAACCAAAGCAAAGGGUCCAGCCGGGCCCAUCUUGACUCGGAUAGUAUCCGAAUGGCCCAGUGAUAUUUCAAUGUCCCUGGCUCUUGGUUCCUUGGGGAUGCCUGGUUUAACUGCUCUGUAUGGUCUGGAAGAGGUGUGUAAGGUACAGCCCGGUGAGACGAUUCUGGUGAGCGCAGCAGCAGGUGCUGUAGGUGCGAUGGUGGGGCAGAUCUGCAAGAUUAAAGGCUGCAAGGUUGUGGGCUCAGCAGGAGGUGAUGACAAGGUGGCCUACCUAAAAGAGCUAGGCUUUGACCAGGCCUUCAACUACAAGACUGUCUCCUCACUGGAGGAAGCACUGAAGAACGCCUCACCUGAAGGAUACGACUGCUACUUUGAGAAUGUGGGAGGUCCCCUCUUUACCGCAGCACUCAAAAACAUGAAGCCAAGAGGCCGUAUCGCUGUUUGCGGUGCAAUAGCCACUUACAAUGACACAACACCACAGACGUGUCCUUAUCCUCACCACGAAAUAAUUACACGACAGCUGAAGAUAGAAGGAUUUAUGGUGGGAUCUUGGCAACACAAAGAUGAAGAAUCUAUCAAGAGGAUGCUUAAAUGGAUGAAAGAGGGCAAACUGAAGGUGAAGGAAGUGGUCACGUCUGGCUUUGAGAACAUGCCAGCUGCCUUCAUAAGGAUGCUGAAGGGCGAUGGACUAGGGAAGGCUAUUGUUAGAGUCUGAGGCAUGCUUAGAAAUCCAUCUGUUGUGUUUUUACAUCAAAUACAAUAUGACACAUUUGGGUAACUUGAAUAUGUGUAGACAGAAAAGCUUAGUGUAGUCUGCUUGUGUCUAAAGGGGAACUAAAUGAAUCCCAUACUUUCUCUUCAUACUGUACUCUUUCACUCAGUAUGUUUUUACAAAUAAAACCAAAUAACCCUCAUA